UGGAAAACAAAUUUAUUGUUUAUUCCCAUGUGGUAGAAAAAUGGACGCGCACAUGACUCUGUGAGGUUUUGAAAAUGUUUUCUUUUAGUGUUCGCAUUCGUUGAGCAGUGUUAUUUGAUAAUUUUGUGAUAAAGUGGUGUGUGAAAAUGACAGAAAUGCCUCCUUAUCUUACGGUCAAAGAUGAGGAGAAAAACAGUGGUCAGGGCGACAGUGAUACUUCUUCAGACGUCGACGAUUGGGAUUUACCCCUCUGUUUUGAUAAACCUAGACACCUUGAACCCAUAAAGGGCGCAGAACGUGUGGAGCACACGUGGAGAGUCAAAGAAAAGUACAAGACACAUUGCGUGGCUUUGGUGCUGUGCCUCAAUGUGGGAGUGGAUCCCCCAGAUGUGGUGAAAACCCAGCCAUGUGCCAGGCUUGAAUGCUGGAUUGACCCACAGUCGCUGUCCGCCAGCAAGGCGCUGGAAAGCAUCGGGCACGCGUUGCAGUCGCAGUACGAGCGGUGGCAGCCACGCGCGCGCUACAAGCAGAGCCUCGACCCCACCAGCGAUGAGGUGAAGAAGCUGUGUUGCUCUCUCCGUCGUAACGCUAAGGAUGAACGAGUGCUGUUCCAUUACAACGGCCACGGCGUGCCCAAGCCCACCGCGCAGGGGGAGAUAUGGGUGUUCAACAGGGCGUACACGCAGUACAUCCCCCUGUCGAUGUACGACCUGCAGACGUGGAUGGGGGCGCCCUCGCUGUACGUGUACGACUGCUCCAACGCCGGCGUCAUCGUCGACAACUUCAAGCAGUUCGCGGAGCAGCACGAGCGCGAGUACGAGGUAAGCGGGCGCGACAGCUCGACCCCCGCCGCAGUGUGCGUCGGCGCUCGUUCUCAAUGUACGUCUGUUGGACAGGCGCAAUUGAACUCCAAGGAGGAGGGCACCACUCUGCCGCCGCCCGUGUCCUACAAGAACUGCAUCCAGCUGGCAGCGUGUGCGGCGGGGCAGUCGCUGCCCAUGAACCCCGAGCUGCCGGCCGACCUGUUCACGGCGUGCCUCACCACUCCCGUCAAGAUGGCCAUGAAGUGGUUCGUGCUGCGGGAGCGCACGCGCGUCGCGCCGCCCGACGUGCACGACCUCAUCGACAAGAUCCCGGGCCAGGUGACGGACCGGCGCACCAUGCUGGGCGAGCUCAACUGGAUCUUCACGGCCAUCACGGACACGAUCGCGUGGAGCUCGCUGUCGCCGGAGCUGUUCCAGCAGCUGUUCCGCGCGGACCUGCUGACGGCGUCGCUGUGCCGCAACUUCCUGCUGGCGGACCGCAUCCUGCGCUCGUACAACUGCACGCCCGUGUCGUCGCCCGCGCUGCCGUCGCUGGCGGCGCACCCGCUGUGGGCGGCCUGGGAGCACACGCUGGACCUGGCGCUGGCGCAGCUGCCGCGCCUGCACGGGCCCGAGCCCGCCGAGUACACGCACUCGCCCUUCUUCCGCGACCAGCUCACGGCCUUCCAGGUGUGGCUGGACCUGGGCAAAUGUAAGCAGCGCGGGCGCAGGCUGGGCCCCCCGGCCGGCGCGGCGGCUGCAGUGAGUGUGUCCGCAGGGCGCGCGGACCGCGCGGCGCCGGCGCAGCUGCCCAUGGUGCUGCAGGUGCUGCUGAGCACGCUGCACCGCGUGCGCGCGCUGCGCCUGCUGUGCCGCUUCCUGGCGCUGGGCGCCUGGGCGGCGCGCGCCGUGCUCAACGUCGGCAUCUUCCCCUACAUGCUCAAGCUGCUGCAGGCCUCCGCGCCCGACCUGCGCCCCUCCAUGGUCUACAUCUGGGCCAAGAUCAUUGCCGUCGACCCUAGCUGCCAAGUGGACCUGGUCAAUGCUAAAGGACACAAGUACUUUCUGUCCGUCCUGCAAGAUCCAUCAGUUGACAGCGAGCACAGGACGCUGGCGGCGUACGUGCUGGCCGGCAUCGUCGACAACUACCCCGCCGGACAGGAGGCCGCCUUGCAGUCGGGCAAACAAGUGAUGCGGGUGGUGUCGCAGGGCUCCAUGAUCUCCAUCUGCCUGGAGCAGCUGAACGACGGGUCGGCGCGGCUGGCGCAGUGGGCGUGCGUGUGCCUGGGCCGGCUGUGGCGCGGCUUCGACGCGGCGCGCUGGGCCGGCGUGCGCGACCUGGCCCACGAGAAGCUGUUCCCGCUGCUGGCGCGGCCCCAGCCCGAGCUGCGCGCCGCCUGCGCCUUCGCGCUCGGCAGCUUCGUGGCCGCCGGCGCCGCGCGCUCCGAGCACGCCAACGCGCUCGACCAGCAGGUCGGCGUGCAGCUCGCCGCGCGCCUGCCCUGCGACGCCUCGCCGCUCGUGCGCCACGAGAUACUCGCCGGUACCUGCCCCUCCCACGUUCCCUACCCGCGCCUGCAGGCCCGCGUCACUACAGCGGUGAGAGGGUGCGCAAGAGUGACAGGUGAGUAUGCGCCGCCCCGGGGCGGGGCCGGGCGCGGCCGGCCGGGGCGGCCAGUGACGAGCGCGUGUCGCAGGGAGGCGGGGCGCGGCGGCCGGGUCGACCAGGGCUGGGACGCGCUGUCCGACACGCGCGCCGCCCACCACCACCACGCGCUGGCGCGCCACGCAGCCGCGCUCGCGCUGCCCUCCAUCGGGUUCGGUUCGGUGUACAUGAAGCUAUGGAACAUCCUGACCAUGAUGUCGCGCGAGCCACACCCGCAGGUUUCGCAGAUGGCCAACGAAAUUAUUAACUACAUUGCCAAUCAGGUGGACAACGUGGGGCGCGAGCUGGAGCUGGCGCGGCGCGAGCCGGCGUCGCUGCCCGCGUCGCCGGGCGGGCGGGGCGGCGCGCCCGGCCCCGCCCCCGCGUCGCCCGCGGCCGCGCCCCGCCGCGCCGCGCGCCUGCCGCAGGCGGCGUCCGAGGAGGGCGCGGCGCGCGACAGGGACUCCACGUCGUCGACGUCCAGCCAGCCCGUGAAGAAGGCGAUAGUGACGACGCAGUUCGUGGAGUGGGCGGCGGCGGAGUUCGCGCGCGCCGAGGAGGGCGCGGAGGGCGCGGACAGCGACGUGGAGAGCCGCGCCUACCACGAGCGCGCCUGGCGGGCCGCGCGCAACCGCCGCCUGCGGGCGCACGCUGAAGGGCUCCGCGGCGCGCGCGUGUCUCGUCUGGAGACGGCGGCGUUCCACUCGCGCUGCCCGCUGCCGGCCGGCGUGCUGCAGUUCCACCCGUUCGAGCAGCACGCGGCCGUGGCGUUCCGGCACAACUUCGGCGUGUGGGACUGGGGCACGGCCGCCAAGCUGUGCGUGGGCGCGUGGCAGCCCGCCUGGGGCCGCAUCACGGCGCUGGCCUACCUCAACGCGCACGCGCACGCGCUGCUGGCCGUGGCGGGCCACACGGGCCAGCUGGCCGUGUACCGGCCCGUCGCCGGCGCCGCGCAGCCCGCGCUGCUGGCCGCCUGGCGCGCGCUCGACACCAGCGCCGCGCCCGCCGCCGCCGACUACCGCCCGCCGCCCGCGCAGGCCGUCUACAGUCUGGCGCAGCUGGUGUCGGAGCAGUUUGCGUCGUCCGAGGACCGCCAGGCCAGCAACCGGACCAAGCAGGACGCCAGCCUGGGCGCGGCGUACCCCGCGCCGCCCGGCACGCUGCUGCGCUGGUGCGGCGCGCGCCGCUCGCUGGCGCUGGCCGGCCGCUCGGCGCGGCUGCGCCUGUGGGACGCCGAGGCCGAGCUGCUGCAGGCCGACAUCCCCACCGACAGCGAGGCCGCCGCCACGGCGCUGUGGCGCGCCGACGACCUGCUGCUGGCCGGCUUCGGCGACGGCAGCGUGCGCGCCUGGGACGGGCGCGGCGCGCGCGCCCCCGUGUGGCGCCUGGCGCCGCACGCCGCGCCCGUGCUGGCCGCCGCGCACCGCGCCGACCGCGCGCUGCUGCUCACCGGCGCCAGCGACGGCGAGCUGCGCCUCAUCGACACGCGCACCAUGGCGCCGCUGCACAGCGUCCGCGCGCCCGCGCCGCUCGCCGCCAUCGACGUGCACCCGCUCUGCGACCUGGUGGCCUGCGGCUCCGUCAACCAGAGCAUCAGCAUCUACGACCUGAAGGGCACGCCGCUGAACACGAUCAAGUUCCACGAGGGCUUCAUGGGCGCGCGCAUCGGGCCCGUGUCGUGCCUGGCCUUCCACCCGCUGCGCUGCGCGCUGGGCGUGGGCUCGAAGGACUCCACGGUGUCGGUGUACGUGGCGGAGGCGCGGCGGUGACCCUCGCUGUACAGCCUGGCGCUGCCCUUCCACUGACGCAGGAACCGAGAAGUGUUCUACUGGGCAGUGCGGCGCGGAGCGGGGCGCAGUGCCGGUGUAUAUAUAGCAUAGGUAGGUGGCGCUGGGGUCGCUGCAGCGCCGGGCCGUCUGUACGAGUAAGCUGCUUGUCUAACAACUCUAUACAUGUUGUAUUUUCCUUUCGUCACAUUAUUUGUCUUUGUGAUUUACAAAAAGUUCCUAAGACUCAAUAAUGACUAGCUGCCAUUUUGUAAAAUGAAUAGGGUUUUGUUCUCUACGUAAUAAGUUUUAGAAUUUAUUUGUGGUUUAGAUUUAAAUACAAAUAAUGAUAUGGCCAAGUGUAAUUAACUCGUAACUGGAACCAUAAAUAUAAAUAUGUAUUGCCGCAAUGAAGUGAGAGGUGCCGGUAGCUAUAGCGUUUAAGUGAUAUAAUGAGCAUUUACCUGAUGUAAUGAUGAAUAUUUUGUAAAUUAUUAUGUUUAUUUUCAUUGAACAAACUUUGUUAAUAUUGGAAAUAAGUUAAUCAGAAUUCACUUAUGAAAUGUGUGGCCAUAGAAAAGUAUAGUAAUUGUAAGCAAUCGUCACCAGUUGUGACCAAACCUCAACAUUGUCAAUAUGAUGAACAAACACACACACACACGUUGCCAAUCGGUUGUUGAUUAUAUUAUUGCAUUUUGUCUAUAAAGUGAUCGAUUAUGCUUUUACAUAUUAACUAUGUAAUUUAAUGUACAUUUUACAUAAUAAUAAUUGUUGUUGUUAAAAUAAAUAUUAUUCAAA